AUGGCACACACUAAACAGUACUACGCUAUCUCUUGUAUUAAUGUUGGUGUCGGCCCCGGAGGGACGACGUCGAUGCUAGCUCGGAUUGCUAUCGUCGACUUUCGAGGAAAUACUAUACUCGAUACAUAUGUUUCACCAACCAUGAAGGUCACAGAGUAUAGGACGGCUACAACAGGAAUAGAGCCCGCCCACCUCUCUUCCCGGAAUGCAGCACCUUUCAAUACCGUUCAGCAGUAUGUUGCCAACAUUAUCAAAGGUCACAUUCUCGUUGGACAUUCUAUCUGGAACGACCUUUCCGUUUUAGGGAUACCGCAUCCUGCCGUAGACACAAGGGAUGUCGCCCUCUACCAGCCCUUUCGAAACGCUCUUCGUUCACCAAAUCAUAUUGUCGGUCUUCAGACACUGUCCUGGCAACUCAUGUGUCGCCGCUGUCAAGAAAGCGAGCAGAAUCCUCUCGAGAACGCCCGCGCUGCCCUAGACUUGUAUCGUUCCGACGCCACAGACUGGGAGGAGGCUAUUAGACGUGGUAGCUGGCCAUGCGCUCUACCUCCAAGUACAUUCUCCCGUUGCUACCUGUGA